UCUUUGGCUUUUUGUGUCUACGGACGGAUAUAUGUGACGGGCUCCUGGCUGCUUCCGGAAGAGAGCCCAGGACACGGAGCCCAGGCUGAUCACUGGUCUUGGAGUGGGGUCAGAAGUUUUCUGAAUAUUUUGAUGGAGGAGGUCCCUAAAGAGAGAGUGGAGGCAGCGCUGGAUGAAGGUGUGGAGCAGCUGCAGGCUGAUAUCUGCCAGCUCAUGGUGACAGCACAAGAUCCGAGUCCGAGCUUUGUGGAGAUUCAGCACCACGGUCUGGACAGCAGCAGUGUUGCCGAGCACCGCAGCUGCAGCCACCAGUGCAACGUCACCAUUCCGGAGGGAGAGAGUGAUGUCCCUGCGGUAACGCCGCCAGCUCAAGGGGUCGUAAGUUCCUGCCCCGGGGACUCUGGCACAGCACAGCAGGGUCGGAGCGGUGACACCAGUGAUUGUCUUCCUGCUACUGGAGAGGAGCGGCCGCUCUGCAGCGAAGCAGCGAGCCAGCACGCUGAAUUUAAGUUUAAUUUUGCAAUCCCUGAGGCAGGCGCUGGUGUUAGUCAUACAGGAGAGUCAACGGCUGAUCCCGCACCAAGUCAGCAGCUCGAGAAUGUGGAAAGUACAGCUUCCAAAUCCACGCGGAAGAAAAAGAAGAGAAACAGAACGCAGAACAGUAAAACCCAAGCUGGAAUCCGCAAAGAUCAGGAGCAGCCGAGCCAGAACAGUCAGGGGGAAGAGAGGAACAGCAUGGGUCUGUCUCCGGAGGAGCAGCUCCAGCGAGAGGUGGACUGGUGUAUCGAGCAGCUGAAGCUGGGACUGCAGUCCCAGAAAAACACAAAGAAACGAGGCGAGGAGGCCGUCCGUGCACUGUGCACCUUGCACAGCAAGAGGGCGCCACUCGUCAAGAAGCGGCAGCUGAUGAGAUCCAUGUUUGGAGACUACAGGAAGAAGAUGGAAGAGGAGAGGCAGAAGCAGUUCAGGCUGAUGCUGACAGCUACAAAAUCGGCCAGCAUUAAACCAGUUAAAGAGCAAACCAGGAGCAAAGUGUUGGGGAAAAUUGCAACAAAAUCACCAGAGGUUGAGGCGGCCCCUGCAUCGGGCUCCGUGAGUCCCGAGAAGAUCACGGUCGAGGCAGGAGAGCCGGCUCCAUUCCGGUUUAAUUUCUUCUGAGCAACGGGUGAAGGGUGAACAAGGUGUGCAGCCUCAGAGCUCCCUCUUCACUCCCGAGGGUGAAGUAACAGAUUCUCUUGGUGUGACCUAUUCUGGUGCCCCUGGCAAAGUGAAGCCAGCAGAGUGAUGUUGAAAGGCUACAUGGAGAACAAUAAUUAGAUAAAUAAACUUGCUUUUAUUUUCC